GUGACGCUGCUCUGCGUUGGGCGUGUGAUUAUUCAGAGUUAAAGAAACGCUAGAGUGAGGAGAUACCCCGAGGUCUGGAGAAAAGAACUUAAAUGCUCCAAACGUUACAUUGGGCCAGAACGGUGAAUAUAGAAUGACAUUUUAAGGAUGAGUGGCACCACUAGAAGCAGCUUUGACGUUGGCUUUACUCUGAAAGGAUGCGCUCCAGUUUAAGUCUAGCUGUCUUCCUCCUCCUUACCAUACCAAGUGCAUGCAGUGUUGGUAAACCCUGCCUCUGUUCAUCUCCCCUGCUGGGUGGACUCAAAGUCAACUGCAGCUCUCUAAACCUCAUGGAGCUGCCUCAUUUGCCCUCAGACAUCACAGAGCUUUAUGUGCAGGACAAUCAGCUCACCUCUGUGUUACCAGGUGUGUUUGACAGACAUGUUGGCCUGAGAAAGGUCUCCCUGUCUGCAAACUCCUUCCACUGUGACUGUAAGAUCCAAUACUUGAGGAACUGGUUGCUGAAGAACAAGGAUAUUGUAGUGAAGGAGCCCGUCUGUUCCAGUCCAAGCUCUGUGGCUCAGAAAGCCAUCGUCGAACUCACCGAUGACCACUUUUCAUCCUGCGGCCCGGCAAGCUGUUCCGAUUGGACGUUCAACGCCGUAAUGGGAGUGGCUCUGUGCUGCCUGGUUGCUCUGCUUCUGUGGAGCUUGAGUUUGGCCAGAAAUUCAACUUUCACUUUGGACAUAGACGAGAGACAUUCAGGGAUCGAGGCCGACUCCUUGCGCUCGCUGAAGCCCAAACACAGGAGGAGGCUGAAUACUGGGCAGUCAGAGGUCAGCUGCGACUCAGACUUUGUCAACUUUACGGAGGAACUAGAAAGGCCGCUGAUCAACAUGGAGUUACUGCCACAAGUACUGGAUGUGUUACACAAGAAGCACAAUAUAAAGAUCAAGGCUACCUGAGGGACCAAGUGGCAAGCAAGAGGGCAGCAUCAAACCUUUGCAGUUUUAUUUUAUGUUUUGUUAUUUUUUUUCUUCCAAAAAACACUUUAUCUGCAUAUUUUUAUUGUUGCAUCUUAAUUUUAUUUUCACAUUUGAUGCAUUAUGAAAUUUUCCACCAAACUACUGUAUGUGGCAAAUUAUUCAACAAAAGCUUCUGCUGUUCACUGUAAUGAUUUGCAUAUGAUUUCAGGAUUACAAACACCCCAGUGUUAGAAGAUGGGGAAAUAUUUCUAAUUUAGUUUAGAAUUGACUGAGGAGUAAUCACAAAUGCCUCACCAGUCUGCCCAAGAUACACGUUUGCCCUGCAACUGAUCUGUCAGUCAGACAAACCUCUCACUUAGUAAUAUUUAAAAGCAUUAAUUGCAGAUAACUGUACGUUAUUCAGUUCAGAUUUAUCAAUAUCUUGGUCAUUUUUGAUCAGUUGUGCAACAUUUCUAAUUAAGAAAGACAGACAGUUUGCAAAGCUUGUGUUACUAUUCCUUAUAUAUUUUUUUAAAGAUAUUUACAAUGAGUGAGUUACUACAAAUGGGACGGUAAAAGCUUUUGAUUUCAAUAAAAGUCCACUUAGCUUG